GCUUGCACACCGCUCAAUACGCCUCAUUUAUUUUAGUCUCACACACAUCGACAACUGAGCUUUCCGCUUCCUUAGGAUAACACAUACCGACGAUGCGUCUUCCCUCUACCCGAAGGCGUAGUCCAGCCGGCAGUUCUAAUAGUUGUACAAUUAAACUUGCGCCGUGGGCUGCUGUAUUAUGCGUUCUUACAACUGCGUGCUUACUCAUUGCUGUUUUGCAUAGCUCUUCGUCGAACGCGUCGACUUGGCGCCCGUCUCGUCGGCUUCAAGCCCUGUCACUGCUGCCUCAACGAAAUGUGCACUCGCGUGCAUUUAACGGUCACCAUGACGCUGGGGAGCGUAUUGCUUCACUGUACCAUGCGGAAUUGGCGGAGUACUUUAAGGCCACGCUUAAGCCAAAUGCUACGUCAGCAGAUAAGCUACUUGCGACUUUAAAAGAUUUAGAAGACAUGGGCAUCACAACCGUCGCCUUGUCGACGCCAUGGGAUUGGUUCAACCCUGAGCAUGGGCGCCUUCGCUUCGACUACCUCAGCUGGAUGACUGGAAGGGUCUGUCAAACCACGAGAAUGAAGGUUGCACUUAUCCUAGACAUGGCACGUGCCCCUUCCUGGGUCUUCGACAAGUGGCCAAAUGCCAAGGCCGUUGACAGCCACGGUCGUCAAUACCCGCUGCUGUCCUGGUUUCACGUGGAGGCAAACCAGGUGGCAUUACAGGUGUUGGGAGAUGUGGUGAGCCACUUGGUCGCAGCGCAACCAGGCUGCGUGACGUCCGUACAGCCCGUGUACAACAAUGAGUACGAGGCCAAGUACACACAGGAGCACGACUGCUUCCAAGACUACUCCCCUCCCGCGAUUGCAGCGUUCAGGGAGUGGGUGCGCGGGCGGCGGCAGCAGCUGCCGGAUCUCAACGCCCGCUGGGGCAGCAGCUUCGCCUCGUGGGAUCAGGUGAUGCCCCCGGCGCUUGAGGCGGGCAGCUUCCUGGGGGUGGAUGCGACACCCAGGUAUUGGGACUUCCUCAAGUUUCGUGAGCUCUACGGCGCAUCGGUGCUCAACCGGGCAUGUGCUACCGUACGAUCAGCUGGCGUCAAGUGCUUCCAUUUGAUCCCAAAUCUGUUUUCCGCGCUAAACGCUGUGUACGGCGUGGGCAUGUUUAAGCACAUCGCCGCUAGCCAGGAUCUUGACUUUAUCGUCCUUGGAUCCAAUUUCCGUUCGUCGUACGGAACUCGUAUGGAUGCGACAAAGAUACGUCUUGACGUGGCAGCAGCUCGAUCGUACGGCAAACCCGUGUACUUCCAAGCAACGGUUGACCCGGCCGCCCUUGCCACCGCCAACAGCAACGACAGCAACGCAGUACAGGCGAGCACCGACCUCAUCGCUGCUAGCUUCCAUGCAGCCUGGCGAGGCGGGGCAGAGGGACUGGGGCUGGUUAACUGGCUCGGUGCGCACUUGCAGCAGCAGCAGCAACAACAGAAUGCUGCCUCCCCCCAAUCUACAACGUCCUCCUCCUCGUCGUCUUCAUCGUCCUCAGUAGCAGGAGCGGGAGCAGCAGCAUCCUCCUCGUCCCUGCUAGCAGCCGCGGCAGGGGCCAUGAAGGCAGUAGAGGACCCCAAGGCUGCGGCGGCAGCGGCGGCGGCAGCAGCAGGAGGCUCGGGUUGCCGGCUCCUGGCCUCAUCCCGGGAGCUAGUGGGGGUGUUUCUGCACCUGGACUCGAUAAGCGCGUUGCAUGGCCUGCAGUGGGGCUGGGCUCGCAAGGACCCCGUACACGACUUCGUGCAGGACCUAGCUGAGACCUACGCAGGCAGCUGCGAAGCGGAUGUGGCCGUGUUCCUCGAGCUUGACCGCCUGUUGACCGCCCUGCCCGUACUGGACCGGGUGGUGUUUGUGGAGCCUGUCGUACUGUACGGCAGAGCCGAGCUGGAGACGUAUGCGCUGGUCAAGGCGGCCAUCCAGGAAAUGCAACACGAGGUCCUGCAACUGCCGCUCAACCAAACCAACGGCGUCCAACUAACCGUCUUGCAGCACCUGUGAGGGGGCUGCGCACGUUCCCGUCCGCUUCCACGGUUGCUUCCGCGGGUGGGGUUUGAGGAAGGAGCAGCAGGGGGAGAGUGAUGGUAAUGCUGCUUAAGAAGUCUGGCCUUUGCAGUAGAGGCCCCGUGAGGUUGCUGUUAGUAGACCAGAUAUGCUAGGCAGGUAUCCUAGCGAGAUCCAAGGGCUAGAAGAGGCAGCACGCAGGGUGGGGUGGGUGCGUUGAGAUGCACGAUGCAUGACACAGCGGCAUUGAUAUGAUGUAUGAGAGAUGUAUGCAUGAUGCAUGUGAGAUACCGGCAUGUGGCAUGCAACGCGCACUAUCUGGCCCCUGGCUGGUUCUGGUAGGGUACGUACGGCAGGUAGGGGGUAGCACCCGGCAGGCAGGCAGAGGAUGGGGGAUAUUGGUUCGCUUUUCUGCUUCUUCUGCUUCUUACCGGUGCAGUUGCUGCGGCUGCUGUUGUGCUACUAGAUUGUAUUGCUCAUGAAGGAUUUAGCAGGCUUUGCCUCUAUUGCGGUGUUGCAGCAUGGUCGCUAAUGUUCCAAAAGGGCCGCGGCCGUGUCAGGCCAUGCAGACGCGACCCAUGGGUCGUUCGUUUGCUGCUGGGGUUUCCUCUUGCUUGCCAAGGUGUCCUGUUGCACUGUACGUGGUGCUCGGGUGCUUUCAGGGCCGUGGUUCUCUAGCAAAGGUGUUUGUUUGCGUACGUACCGAUUCUGUUUGUUUGGGAACACGCUAAGUUGGCCUUCUCACCUGAACUUCACAGCAGGUGGCGGUUGUGUAGGUGAUGAGGGGUGCUGCGAAACACAUUAUGCGUGUGCGUGAUGCUUGUCAAACGCUGAGCCGUGGGUGUGGUUCUGUGUGCGUAUUGGAUUGGCAAUGUAAUGAUGUUUGGGGAGUGAAAGAACCUCGAGAAGGUCGAGGUAUCGCCAUGCCCUAAUAACGUUUUUUAAGAUCUAUAGGACCUUCAUUUCCUGUCUAGGUUAAAGAACAUGGAUUAUGUGCCCAUUACCUUGACUGCCAUUUCCUAGAGCAUCCCAUUAUACCACCCGUCGUGGGCAUUCAUCGCUUGGUCUUAAAACAUGACCACAACAGACUCAGCCUGCAAGGCUAUUUAUUUUUGCUUGUGGCGUGUCGUUCGUUUGUUGGAAUCAGGAGGUGAGCGGUGAGUGACGUGUCCUUAAAGGCUGCUACAAUGGGGUAUGGGUAGAUGUGUUGUAGCAGGGAUGUGGGGCACAGAAGGGCGGUUAUGUGGCUGGCUUGGGGCCCAAGCGGCACAUAUGUGAUAGCUAUUAAGGCGGUUGCUGCGUGGUAUGUGAUUUACGGGCUCUACGCAUGUGAUUGAAGGGCCGCGCUUAACGCAGCUGGUGACCUCAGUUAGACCUGACGACAAGGGACUCAGCAUGCGCUGUUUGCCUGUUUCGGGUCAAAGUACAGUCCUCUUGUGUUGUUGGGUUGUCGCUACAUAGGUGUGCUCAGUCCUGAUGGCCCGUUGUGAUCUACCCAGUGCGUGUGGUGGUUCCACUUACAGUUACAGUCUGUACGCGUGUAUAGUGUGUCCGUACGAGCCAGGGGGGGCCAAAGGACACUAUGAUAACCAAAGUUUGUCUGAGUCAGGGUCCCCUACAGGCAUCUGUUUAAGGGCUCUGCGCAGGUGGUUGCGUUCUUCAUUCUUUCGCUGCUGCGGAUGUUCGUCACCCAGCAUUGCGCACCAAUGCUUGGUAUGGAUUGCAAGGACGGACUCACGAACGGUUACGAUGUAGCAGGAGGGAAGACUAAAGAGACUGCUGCGUGCAGGGGUUUGGAGGGGAUAUCGAGGAUAGGGCUGUGUUUUGCUGUGUUUGCGUUUGUUAAAGGCUAUGUCAUGCCCACCUAAGAUACGAAUGAGGUUUGUGAGAGAUACCGGCUCUAUUCAUACUUUAACACAAUUUGACAUAAGAUGCAUCGACAUGCGUUGCACUUGAGAGGUAUAUGCAUAAACACAGUUGCCUGCUUUAUGUUGGGCGGUUGAAGUCAAGUACGUUUAGUUGCAGUCUGCAGGCUGCUGGCUGCAGCAUUCAGACAGAUUGUGCCGUUAUGUGACCGAUAACAGGGAGAGAUGUAGCACUGUACGCAUGUAACUACGGUAUGUAAGGC